AGCAGUCUCCAACUCAACAACAUUCUUACGAUAUUGACGAACGCCCAAACCAAACGACUUCACGAGGCUGUACGAAGUAGAAACAAUCACCGAAUACUCAGAAACCUACGGGCUCGAAAUCUACGCCAUGCGUUUCACUUCCGCUAUACUCGCUGUCCUCUCUGUUGGCCUUGUCCCGGCAUCGGCCAGGUCCGUCCUCGUUGAGAGGGACCAGAGCAUCAUUACUGGCGAUGAUCGGAAGAUUCCUGGCGACUCACCACUCGAGCUGUGCGAUAAGGACCACGGGAAGGAUAUCGUUCACAUCAAGAAGGUCGACCUCUCGCCCAACCCUCCCAAAGCUGGCGAGGACCUUAUAAUCACAGCCAGCGGAACAGUUGACGAAGAUAUUGAGGAAGGAGCCUACGUUCUGCUUCAGGUCAAGUACGGCCUCAUUCGCCUUAUCAGCACCAAGGCGGACUUCUGUGAGCAGGUUGGCGAGGUCGACCUGGAGUGCCCCAUCAAGAAGGGCGACCUGGCCCUCACAAAGACUGUCAAGCUGCCUGCUGAGAUUCCUCCUGGAAAGUACACUGUCUUCGCCGAUCUUUACACCAAGGAUGACGAGCCCAUUACUUGCUUGACGGCCUCCGUUGCCUUCUCUCGUGGAAGCCUCCUUGGAUUUGAGCUGUGAGGGUCGACUGGCAAUGAUUCGAGCUCGGAUUCGAGUGAUUAGUUGGCUGAGCGGGGCAGCACAUGUUGUAAACCUCUUUUGCACAUAAAUCAGGUCGCGAACGUCGUUUUGUCGUUUUUUGUAGCAUUGACGAAGUCCGAGCACGGGCACUCUUAACGUAGCAAAGCUGGCGCUCUUAGGCAUUCAUAGGAUAGGUAAAUUGUACUUGGCAUCAACAGCCACUGCUCA